CCACCAAGCCACAGCCUUCAGUGAGAGGAAGCUAGGGUUUGUGGUUCCUGAUUUAUCUGGGGAGAAGCAGUAGAAGUGAGGAUAAGACCAGUGGAAGUUCUGGCUUCCCAUUUUCAAUGCCAUUAAGAUUUUUCUAGGGAUGAAAGGUCUGGAUUGGUGCUCAAUGCCCACAUCCUCACCUGCGAUUAUUCUUGUGCUGUGGUCAUUUGUCACCCACUCACUUACUCGCUUACUGUGAGUUCCGUAAGGACAGAGGCUGUAGAAUUUCUAGAGCCUCAAAUGGGUGGUAGGAUCCUUUAUCUCAUUGGUUGAGUGAUCUAGGAAGAACAGCACAGAAGGGCAUAUUUUAAACCACAAUCUAAAUGACAGGUGGUUGAAAAGACCUGGUAGAAGUGGGCAGAGGCUGCUGGAAGCCAUAGCAGAGGAAUAGGCUUGAUGAAGAAUGGUCAAGAUGCUGCCCUACAUGGAGCAGAAGGCAAGUAAGAGCAGCAGGAAAGAAGUUGAAGCCUCCCGCGCCAUGACUAGUACUGGCAGAUUUGGUCGGCGUCUAGAGUGCCGCUUUUUAUGGCUCUACUUGUGGCUCCCUUCGGGUCCAGUUCAAAAUCAGAGCUUCCAGAGUUCUUUUGAACUCUCCUUCUUUUACCCCCUGAAGUUUGAGAAGCCCAAAGGCGAAAAGGCGAAAAAAAGGACCCGGAAGUAAGGAGCAGCUUCCAAGCACGUGAUGGAAGGCUCACGGGUACUGUCGUCACCUGACCCCCAACCUGCUAUUCUACCUUGUGGAGAGUUCAGCUGCUCUUAAAGCUAGCUCCGAACACACGCUGACUUUGGGCCCUUUGGGGGACCCGAACUCAAUGUUAUGGGAAGUUCUGCGGGCUCGUGGAGGCGCCCAGAGGAUUCCGAGAGGGAGGAGACCGACUCAGAGCCUCAGGCCCCUCGAUUGGAUAGCCUGAGUGUCCUUUGGAAGAAUGCGGUGGGCUUCUGGAUCUUGGGUCUUUGCAACAAUUUCUCAUACGUGGUGAUGCUGAGCGCUGCCCAUGACAUCCUUAAGCAGGAGCAGGCAUCUGGAAACCAGAGUCAUGUGGAACCAGGCCCAACACCUAUGCCCCACAACAGCUCAUCUCGAUUUGACUGCAACUCGAUCUCCACAGCUGCGGUGCUCCUAGCAGACAUCCUUCCCACCCUUGUCAUCAAACUCCUGGCACCUCUUGGCCUUCAUUUACUGCCUUACAGCCCCCGGGUGCUUGUCAGUGGAGCUUGUUCUGCUGGAAGCUUUGUUCUGGUUGCCUUCUCUCAGUCAGUGGGGUUAAGCCUGUGUGGAGUGGUUUUGGCCAGCAUCUCAUCAGGGCUAGGGGAGGUCACCUUCCUCUCACUGACCGCCUUCUACCCCAGUUCUGUGAUCUCAUGGUGGUCUUCAGGUACUGGGGGUGCAGGGCUUCUUGGAUCGCUGUCUUACCUGGGACUCACCCAGGCUGGCCUCUCCCCGCAGCACACCCUGCUUUCUAUGUUGGGGAUCCCUGUUUUGCUGCUAGCCAGCUAUUUCUUGUUGCUCACAUCUCCUGAACCCCUGGACCCUGGAGGGGAAGACGAGGCAGAGACUGCUGCCCGGCAGCCUCUCAUAGGCGCCGAGACCCCAGAGUCAAGGCCAGGUGCCAGCUGGGACCUCUCCCUCCAGGAAAGGUGGACAGUGUUUAAGGGCCUCUUGCGAUACAUCAUCCCUCUGGUGCUGGUCUACUUUGCAGAAUACUUUAUAAACCAGGGACUUUUCGAGCUCCUGUUUUUCCGGAACACAUCCCUAAGUCAUGCUCAGCAGUACCGAUGGUACCAGAUGCUAUACCAGGCUGGUGUGUUCGUCUCCCGCUCUUCUCUCCAAUGUUUCCGAAUCCGGUUCACCUGGGUCCUAGCCCUGCUCCAGUGCCUCAACCUGGCCUUCCUGCUGGCAGAUGUAUGCUUGAGCUUCCUGCCCAGCAUCUACCUCGUCUUCAUCAUCAUUCUGUAUGAAGGGCUCCUGGGUGGGGCCGCUUAUGUGAAUACCUUCCACAACAUUGCUCUGGAGACCAGUGACAAGCACCGAGAGUUUGCCAUGGAAGCUGCCUGUAUCUCUGACACCUUGGGAAUCUCCCUGUCAGGGGUCCUGGCCUUGCCUCUGCAUGACUUCCUCUGCCACCUCCCUUGACAUAGGUUGCUCUACACACACUGAUCUGCAGCCACAUGAGCAGAUCACACAUCUGUGAGCUCUGCCACAAGCCUUCCCUGGAGGCUCUGGAGUGGGAAGAGCCACAGUCCUGCCCUGCUGAAGUAGGGCAGCCCCCAUUGUUUCCCACUCCCGAGCUGGCCUCAGGGAGUUUUCUCCCACCCUUUGCCCUUCUAAUAAAUGCUUAUUUUAACAGU